ACCAAACGCAACGACAUACAAACAAUGACAACGCAACCGCCUCAAGAGCAACCAUCAACUACCCCCUCACUGCCCCACACCUCGACCCAACCACCUACCCACGAACCCUCAACUCCCCAACCCACAACAUCCAUCUCGAACUCACUUACGAGACGCUGAAUCCCACCCUCGCACUCGAACAUACCUCCUCCCCGGCAGCAGGCGCCAACGUCCUCUUCCUCGGCACAACACGCAACACCUUUGAAAACCGCGCCGUCUCCCAGCUCAGCUACACUUCGUAUCCGCCUCUCGCGCUCAAAUCGCUCAUGUCGAUCGCUACCAGGGCGGCGGAGAAGUUCGAUCUAAAGGGGGUGUAUAUUGCGCACCGGCUUGGGGUUGUUCCGAUCUCGGAGGCGUCGAUUGUGGUUGCGGUUAGUGCGGGGCAUCGGGGGAUGGCGUGGAAGGCGGGCGAGGAGGUGCUGGAGGAGGUGAAAGAGAAGGUGGAGAUUUGGAAGAGGGAGGAAUUCGUGGAUGGGGGAUGGAGUGGAGGGAGAAUAGGGAGAGGGAUGCAGAGGGGAGAUUAUUAUCUUCGACUGAGGGGGGAAAAUAGAGAUGUGGAUUUAUGAGGUCAGGUCUAAUGUACAGGUACAGGUCAAGCUCAGUCUAGUUUUGUACAGCGCAGCGCAGCAACGAAGAUACGACAGAUCAAUCCCGCUUCAAGGGCUUCCCCUCUCUCUUCCAGUCAUUGAUGUGCUGAAGAAUCAGCUUCGAUGCCGACUCGGGCGUAUCCUGCCGUCCAAUGCACUCGACGAAAUCAUUAUCGGGAUCUGUAUCACAUUAGCAGCGUUCACCUGACAUAAAAGAAAAGAGAAACUCACCCAUCAGAUAAAAGUAUA